AUGGAUGGGCAAUGGUGGGAUCAUGGUUCCUGGCAUGGCGAGCCUGCACCUCUGUCGAUGCAACCGUUCACAUGGCAACCAUCCAAAGAUGGAGAGCGUCUGAUUGGUCGAAUUCUACUGAAUAAGAGGAUGAAUGACGGGACGGUUCCUGCUGAUGCAGGAUCCCUGCUGGGCCUCAAGGUGGUCGGGGGGAAGAUGACGGAGUCUGGCCGUCUCUGUGCGUUCAUCACAAAGGUGAAGAGAGGAAGUUUGGCUGACACAGUGGGACACCUGAGGCCAGGUGAUCAGGUUAUGGAGUGGAAUGGUCGGCUUCUCCAGGGAGCCACAUUUAAUGAGGUUUACAAUAUUAUCCUGGACUCCAAACCAGAACCGCAGGUGGAGCUGCUGGUGUCCCGACCAAUCGGAGAUUUUUCAAGAGUGGCGGAAAGCUCCCAUGUCCAGCUGGAAUCCAGUUCCACUUCCUUCGACUCUCAGAAAGUUGGUCCGUCUCCCAUGAGCCCCAGCGUUCUCUCCCAGCAGGUGUCUGUGAAGCUGGGUUAUGAUAAAGUGGGCAAUCAGCUGAUUGUCACGGUCCUUGGAGCCAAAGCACUUCCUGUCACAGACGAUGGCCGACCCAGAAACCCCUAUGUGAAGAUCUACUUCCUGCCUGACAGAAGUGAUAAGAGCCAGCGCAGAACAAAGACGGUGAAAAAGUCGGUGGAACCUCGGUGGAACCAGACCUACAUGUACGCUCCGGUCCACCGGCAGGAGUUCAGAGACCGGAUGUUGGAGCUGACAGUCUGGGAUCAGGCCCGAGUUCGGGAGGAGGAGAGCCAGUUCCUGGGAGAGGUCCUGAUACAGCUGGACUCUGCUCUGUUAGAUGAUCAGCCUCAUUGGUACAAACUGCAGAGCCAUGAGAUGUCCUCCCCCUACCUGCAGAGGAGAGGACUGCAGCCUGGAGACACUGCACUCAGCAGGAGGCUGCAGAGGUCUCAGAGGAUCAGUGACAGUGAGUUUUCAGAUUACGACUGUGAAGACGGCAUCGGGGUGAUAUCAGAUUACAGACUGAAUGAACGGGACUCCGCCCUCUCAGUGCCGGAGCAAGAGAUGUCGUCCAAUCACUUCUCUCGAUCCGAUGUGGUUAGGAUAAGAUCACGGUCCCCGAGCCAAACGCUUCCUCUCAGCGGUACCCCUCUGUACCCGUUGUACCGUGAGGACGCUGUUCGGUUGCUGCGAGGCUCCAAACUGAGCCGUGCAUAUUCUGAUGCUGGCCAGUACAGCAGCCUGGAAAGUCAGGACUUCAUUCCUGACUUCCCCUACGAACCCGACGCCUACGACGAGGAAGCACUCAGGGCAAACCCACAAGGUGGAUUGACCCAGAUGAGUCCGUCAGGAACGCCGGUCUUCAGCCACCGAGUGCGCCAGCUACCCGUUAUCCCGCCUAAAGGAGCUCCAGACAGAAAGAAGAAGAAGAAGGUUGUGAGACUUCCUGUCCAGAGGAGUGUAGAAACAGGUUUAGCCAUCGAGUUUAAAUCACGUUUUACCCGACAGCCGAGCCGCGACCCCGAUGCCGAAGACCCCAAACCUGGAGCCCUCUCACUCUUCUUCUGUCUCUUCAGUCUGAUAUUUCCAGGAGUGAAGUUGGCAUCUGACAAACAGUUCACCGGCUUCUUGGAGGGAUUAGGCCCCGCCCAGCUGGCUGGCCGGCAGACUCUGGCCACACCCCCUAUGGGUGACAUCCAGAUCGGGAUGGUGUACAGGAAAGAGCGUCUGGACGUGGAGGUGAUCCGAGCCCGAGGGCUUGUGGGUAAACAAGGCAACAAGAACACUCCAGCUCCCUAUGUGAAGGUCUAUCUGAUGGAUAACGGGAAGUGUGUGUUGAAGAGAAGAACUCGGCUGGCUAGAAAAUCCCCCGACCCGCUUUAUCAACAACAGCUUCAGUUUGAAGAAAACCCAGAAGGGAAAGUACUGCAGAUUAUCGUUUGGGGCGACUACGGCCGGAUGGAUCACAAAUCUUUUAUGGGAGCUGCUCAGAUCCUAUUGGACGAUCUGGACCUGUCCAACAUGGUUAUUGGCUGGUUUAAACUGUUUCCUGCCAUCUCAUUGGUCGAUGCCGCCCUGGCACCGCUGACCAAUAAGGAGGUAGAGGGCAUAAAGUCGUAGUAUCAGGAAGAGCAGCUAACUGUGUCGCCACAGCAACGGUCAGGGAGGAGACAGGAUGGGCGGAGCCUGAAAAAAAUCCCACUGUUGCUGCAUGAUGACAUCACAGUGAUUACCUAACAGUGUUAUAAUGAUGUCACCAGAAGAAGCAAGGAGGCUCCGCCCCUUGACACUAAAACACAAAUUGCCCCCACAGUGAGGGUACUGGGAAAAGAAAAGACAAUAGAGGCCACGUGACUCACAGCUGCCAGCCAAUCACAGCAGCUUCUCAGCGGCAUGUCCAGACCUCAUAGACGCAGAACAUGAUUCUUUAUGUUUGUACAUGGAAUGA